UUGCUGCAGAAAAAAAAAACCAACGGUGUUGAUAUUCCAGACCUUCUCAUCUGAGUCGUUUCCUCUCUCCUCUCUUCUCCAGCGUCCGAUCCAAUCCCCCAAAGCCAAUCUCCCUCUCUCCCGCCCUUUUUCCCCCCAAGGGUUUCUGAGUUUGAUAUGGCGGAGGUGCCAGCGAGUCCAGGAGGAGGGAGUCACGAGAGUGGCGGUGAGCAGAGUCCCCGAUCCAACGUCCGGGAGCAGGACCGGUAUCUUCCGAUCGCCAAUAUUAGCCGCAUCAUGAAGAAGGCAUUGCCUGCUAACGGCAAGAUCGCAAAGGAUGCGAAGGAGACUGUGCAGGAGUGCGUGUCCGAGUUCAUUAGUUUCAUUACCAGCGAGGCAAGUGAUAAGUGCCAGAGAGAGAAGAGGAAGACUAUUAAUGGGGAUGAUCUUCUCUGGGCAAUGGCAACUUUAGGGUUUGAAGAUUACAUUGAACCUCUCAAGACAUACCUGACUAGAUACAGAGAGGUGAUUUUACUUCCAUCUGAUUCUUUUGUUUGAUAGCUAAGAAUGAAAGAGGUGAAAUAAUGAUCAUGGCUUUGUAGUUUGUGUUUUGAUGCAUUCUAAUCCAAGAUUUGAAUUU